GAACCACAUUCGACAUCACUCACUUUCCAGCUCUCAAGUCUUGCACAUCUCAUCAUCCGCUCUCCCAGCACAAUUUCCCUUUUUUCUCGAACUAACUCGAGUGAAAACAUUUGAAUUUUUUGACUUACUCAACAUCCUCAACCGAACAAACAAAAUGGCUCCAGUUGUGACUCUCGAUUUCGCCAGUGAGACCCCCAUCUCCCGCACCGUCCAGUACAAAAAGGUUACAAAGCCAUUGCUGGAACGACAACGCCGGGCUAGAAUCAACCGGUGCCUGGAUGAGUUGAAAGAUCUGAUGGCCGGCGCUUUGGCCGCCGAGCACGGCGAGGCCGGCAUGGCCAAGUUGGAGAAGGCCGACGUCUUGGAGCUCACUGUUCGCCACUUGCACAAAUUGCGCCGCGAACGCCGUCUAGCGGCCAAUCCGGUAGUGGCCAGCGAUCGCUUCCGCGCCGGAUUCACCCAGUGCGCCCGCGAAGUGUCCGUCGCCUUGGCUGCCAUUCCCGGCGUCGAUGUCACGCUCGGCACCCGGCUCAUGACCCACCUCGGUCACGCCCUCAAUGGACUGGAUGCUCCCACCACCACCACCCCGUUGACUUCGACUCCCGUACCGUCCGCCAUCACCACGGCUCUGCCCAUCCGCUCCUACAGCCCACCGGACUCUCCCGACUCCAUCACCGACGCUCACGAGCUCCAGCAGCAGACCAUGUGCUGGCGCCCGGAGUCGCCCAUGUCCAGCGGCUACGGCAGCGACACCAACGCCAUGGAGCGCCCGUCGUCCAAGACCUCGUCCACCAGCUCAGUCUGGCGUCCGUGGUAGAUUCUUCCGCAACACGCUUCAUUUUUAAAAACAAGAACCGAUCAUCAUCAUCUGAAUGGGCGCGCUGUGAUAAGACUCUCCAUCAUAACAUUUUUACAUUUUCAUCAUUUCAUCGUCGUCAUCAUCAUCGAGACAAAAAUUCGUUUUCUCUCUCACUGACGUCAAAAGUCUUUCAAAAUCGAAACAAAUAAUGUCGCAACUUUACGAGAGACUUGACUUCAUUUCGAAAUGCUUUCUCGAUUUUUUGUUUUGGCUCUUGUACCGUAGCGUGUUCUGCACUUUGUUCUUCCGAUUGGUAGAGGAGAAAUAACGUGUCGGCAAGACCAGUGAUCUCACCACCUUUGCCAAUAGCGUGUCCUCGCCGCACUCAAUUUUUUAGCCGAGUUUCUCCAUGUCAAAAUGUGUGUUUUUUUUUUAAUCUUUGUAAAACUGUGAUACAGAUCUUCCUUUUUUGUGUGUCUAAAUUCAUGCAAAAACAAAUUAAAUUGAGGACGAACACGUU